AUGAGAUGUGAAGUGUCGUCUAUAGACAAUACUUGUCGUUUAACUCGACGACCAAUAGAUCAAGCUAUUCACAAUGGUUUGGACGAUACAUUGACAACAUUAAUACUUUCUAAUGAUGGAUUGGACGAUGCAGAGCAAGAUAAAUACUCAGAUUCUGUUAGCAAUGAUUCUGAAACUGAGUCAGAAAUGAUACCACCUUGCUCUACUGAUCUGUCAACAUCUGAAUAUUGGCGACGUAACUCCAUGAGACCUAGACGAGUCAAUCAUAAAAUGGAAACUCAAAUAUUCCAACAUCUUGCCGAAGCUCUUCGGAGUAAUAUGACCAUUUCAAGUCUUCAUGUUAGUCUUAUUGAAAUUAAAUUAGAAGGAAUCAAGUAUUUGGCUAAUGCACUUCAAAAUAAUACAACAAUGACCACAUUAAUGCUUAUUGAAAACAAUAUUCAAAAUGAAGGAGUACAACAUCUUGCCUAUGCACUCGAAAGAAAUUAUACACUGACUAAACUAACUCUUCAAAAUAAUGACGUCGGUGACGAAGGCAUAGAAUAUCUUUCCAUUGCUCUCGAGAAAAAUACAACACUGACUGCACUUGAUCUUGGAAAUAACAACAUUACAAAUCAAGGAGCAUCGCAUUUAGCAAAAGCUCUUAGAAAAAACAGAACACUUACUUCGCUGGAUCUUCGAGUUGGUUUAAUCGAUGCUGAUGGAGCCAAAUCUCUUUCUAUGGCUAUCAAAGAAAACAAAGCAUUGAGAGAACUUUAUCUAUUAAGCAAUCUUAUCCAAGACUCAGGAACACUGUUCCUUGCCAAAGCUCUUGAACAGAAUACAAUACUUAGCAUUCUCGAUCUUGGAAAUAACAAUAUAACAGAUCAGGGUGCACUUUAUUUGGCAAAGGCCUUGAAGAAGAACAAAACACUUCAAGAAUUAUGGAUUCGCUACAAUGAUAUUUCCUACGCAGUCAGUCAACAAAUAUCCCAACAGGACAAUCGAUAUCAUGCAUAA